UAUGCAAUCAUCCUCAUGGCUCUGUACUGGUGUACAGAGUGUAUGCCUCUGGCUGUGACUGCGCUGCUGCCUGUCGUCCUCUUUCCCAUGAUGGGCAUCAUGAAGGCCUCAGUGGUUAGUGUCGAGUAUCUGAAGGACUCUAACAUGCUGUUCAUUGGUGGCCUGUUAGUGGCCAUUGCAGUUGAGCAGUGGAAGCUUCAUAAACGCAUCGCUCUCAGAGUUUUACUGCUGGUUGGUGUUCGUCCUUCACUGUUAAUGAUGGGCUUCAUGAUCGUCUCGUCCUUAUUGUCCAUGUGGAUCAGUAACACGGCCACCACAGCCAUGAUGCUGCCCAUCUCCCACGCCGUGCUACAGCAGCUGAAAGCCACCGAGGCUAGGGCAGAUGCGCGGGAAUUUCAAUCUGCAGCUCAAGACAAUCAUGCAUUUGAGGUUGAGCCCACGCAGACCAAACAGGAAGUGACUGAGAAGAAACCAGAAGUCAAGGUUGAGCAGGAGGACAAAGUUGAGCAUGAUCACGAGUGGGCUCUGGAGUCGCUGGAGGAGUCGAAAAGGAAAGCAAUAGAGGAGAAGUACGACCUCCUGAACAAAGGCAUGAGUCUGAGUGUGUGUUACGCAGCCAGUAUCGGAGGCACAGCCACGCUCACUGGCACCACCCCUAACCUCAUCCUCAAGGGCCAAAUCGACAAGUUAUUCCCUAAAAAUGGUGACGUGAUCAACUUCGCCAGCUGGUUUGGAUUCGCCUUCCCAAACAUGCUGCUCAUGCUGGUCUUCUCCUGGUUCUGGCUUCAGUUUAUGUUCCUGGGCUUCAACCUGAAGAAGACGUUUGGCUGUGGCGGGAAAAACGACAGAGAUAGAGAGGCGUUCGCUGUUAUGAAGGAGGAGUACAGGAAGUUGGGAAGCAUGACGUUUGCAGAGGUGGCAGUGCUCAUCAUCUUCAGUCUGCUGGUGGUUCUGUGGUUCACCAGAGAACCUGGGUUCAUUGACGGCUGGGCUACGGUGCUGUUCCCGAAGGAGUUUGUGUCAGAUGGAACUGUGGCCAUUUUAAUGUCGAUGCUCUUCUUCGUCAUCCCGUCCCAGCUGCCCAGAUGUGGAGGUUAUCUUGACGAAGAUGGGAAGAUAGUGAAGUCUCCUCCUACUCUGCUGAACUGGCAGGUGGUUCAUGAGCGAAUGCCCUGGAACAUCAUCCUGCUGUUAGGAGGAGGCUUUGCUCUGGCCGCCGGCAGUGAGGUGUCAGGUUUGUCCACGUGGUUAGGAGAGAGCUUGGCACCUUUGGAGAAAAUCCCCCCAUUCGCUAUCUCAAUGCUGCUCAGCCUGUUGGUGGCAACGUUCACUGAGUGCUCCAGCAACACUGCUACCACCACGCUGUUCCUGCCCAUCCUGGCCUCCAUGGCGACAGCGAUUAAGAUCCACCCGCUGUACGUAAUGUUGCCCUGCACCAUCGCCGCCUCCCUGGCCUUCAUGCUGCCUGUGGCGACACCACCCAACGCCAUCGCCUUCUCCUUUGGAAACCUCAGAGUCCUCGAUAUGGUGAAAGCCGGAUUCAUGCUGAAUAUCAUCGGGAUUUUGUCCAUUAAUUUAGGAAUCAACACCUGGGGAUUCGCCAUGUUUAACAUGGGCACUUUCCCCGACUGGGCCAACGUUACACAUGUCGACCCCUGA